AUGGAACCCUUUGGAUUUGCCCAUUUACGAGUUGUAGAGACGGUGAAUAUGGCACCUACGAUAUCUGGUUGGAAAUACAAAAGAAAUUUCUUAGAUGUCUCAAAGUUGACGAAAUUUCAACAAUUAUCGAUGCGUUAUCUGUACUAUCCUGUAAAUACGCCUGUUUGCCAUUAUCAGAAGAGAUUAAUUUUAGAUUCGAUAUACAACAAUAUUUUGAUAGCACUCCCAAAAGAACUGGAUACUUUCUUCGUUGGUGCCAUUGCUAUGCUUAAUUUUCACAGAUGGUUUCCGAUGCAAAAGGUGGUGUGCAUAUGCAAAAAUGUUGAAUCAUCGUUGAAUGCCACAAAGCGAUUCAUCGAAAUUACAGGUCAUUCACAGAGUAUUUGUGUAUAUGCUAAUCAAAAAAAGAGUGGUCGUCAACCGAAAUGGAUUGAACAGGACAUCAUAUUUGCUACUGCGGAGAGCCUCGUUGCUGAUUUUGCGGGCAGAGAAGAGCUUUCAGAAAUUUGCUUGAUAAUUGUGGAAGAUGCUCAUCGUGCUAUGUCUGGUUCUCAUCCUUUAUCCGAACUAAUUCGUAACUGUAUUCUUGAAAAAGGAAAGUUUCGUGUUUUGGCUCAUACAAGCUGCAAAGUGGAUAAAAUCGGCCAACUACAAUUAAUUGUGAUGAAUCUUCAAAUCGAUUUGAUUCGAUCAUUGAGCUCGAUAAGAGAGGAGGUUUCGUUAGCUGUUGCUUCUCCAAGGAUGUAUAAGCUCUAUAUACCCAUUAGUGAAGAUAUGCGUCGUGUUGGCAAUGAACUAUUGAAAGCAAUGGAACCUAUUGCAUCGUUGCUAUGCGAAAGUGGCAUAUUUCCUACAAACGAUAUAAAGAAAAUUGUCAAUUUCUCAACAAGUUAUUUGAAAAAAAAGGUUCAAAAAGGACGAGGCCAUCUGGCAGAAAUUUACUGCGAUUUUUUCGAACUUCUAUCAGCAUAUGAUGUUCUAAUGUGCGAUGGUUUGACCGCUUUCAGAAAUACUCUUGAAGCAUUAUCCACCAUGAGCACCACGAUUGCAGAAAUCACUCAAUCGAAUGACAUUUUAAGAGAGGCCUGUUUUCUCUCGAUUCUUCCAAGGUCUGAUGACCUGCAAUGUCACAAACUGGAUAUGCUAAUUACACUACUGAGGAAAACUUGCACGUAUUACGGAAGCGAUCACCAAAUACAAAUUUCAGAAAAUGCGAUGAAGAAGGAAUUAUGCAACGUUGUCAUUAUACCAUGUGAUUCGGAUGGAGCUGGAAUUAACAUUGGUUGUGUAGAUUCCAUAAUUUGUAUGGAUGAAGGCCUGUGUGCUCUUCGCUAUACAGGGACUAUCAGAGUACAAUCAGAAGGAAAUCUUUCAGCACUCUGUUCCGCAGGCUAUGAAACGAAUAUCUACAGUUUCUUGACAGUUGAUGGAACCAUUGACUGCGUACAAGCAGAUCACAUUAAAGGCCUUCAGCUAUGUAACGAUGUAUUGCCGAUGUUGCCAUUUAAUGCCAUGCCUGAAGUUGUGGAAUACUGGGCUCAGAAUGUUAGUGACAGUGAAGGUUUGUUGACGAUGGUUCAACGUUUCGAUUUUCAAGAAAGGCUUUCUUUCAGCAAUCCAUUGCAUGAAUUAAAUUUGAUUGAGGACAACUGUAAUUUACUGAAUUAUUGUGUGAAGGAAACAUUUUUAUGGCAAGAUCGUCUACAGCGCUUCACAUUAUUUGGACACAGCAAUAGCGCUUUUAAUUUGACAAAUAUUUUCAACAGAGAUCCAGAAGUUUUGGUAGGACAAGUUCUAAGAUUACAAAAUAGGCAGAGAUUGAAGUGGAUGGAUGAAGAUUCACAAACAUCGAAAGCCGAUGACUCAGAAUUAACCGAAUUGCAUUUGAAAGACGGUGAAAAUUCAAAAGUGGAAUGCUCUGAAAAACGAUCGGGUCAGAAGCGAUUAGCAAAAGAGUCAUCCAGAAAAUGUGGCACGACGAAGGUGCCGCGCUUGAAUCGUAUUGAUUCUGCUAGCUUUACACUGUUAAAAGUGUUUAAAACAGAGUUAAAAGAAAGCGAUUUCGUUGACCAUAUGAAAAACGAGGACCUAUAUCGUGAACGCCUGGAGCGGAUAACUGAAAUCGUUCAAAAACUGAAUAAUUUGAUAAGAUUAUAA